CCCCAGGUUUCCUCCCAUUUCCGGGAGGUUUUCCUCUUGCGGGGGCAGUGGCACCGCCAACAGGGCCCUGACAUCUCCGUAGGAUACUUGGAGAGCCCCUGCUGGGGCACCAAGUCUGUCUGCGACCUUGGGCAAACCCGUCCUUCACUGUGUGCCCCUUGAGGAAAUGAAAUGAGGGGUUGGACCCCAGGAUGUUGAAGGGAGCACCCUUCUGUGUGAAGCCUGGGAUCCCAUGGGUGACUUACUGGGUUGAGUUUCGGGAGAAUGUCCAGGAUGUGCUGCCCACCCUGCCGAAUCCAGAUGACUAUUUUCUCCUGCGCUGGCUCCGAGCAAGAAACUUCGACCUGCAGAAGUCCGAGGCCAUGCUCAGAAAGCACGUGGAGUUCCGAAAACAAAAGGACAUUGACCACAUCACAAGCUGGCAGCCUCCGGAGGUGGUCCAACAGUAUCUGUCAGGGGGCAUGUGUGGCUAUGACCUCGACGGCUGCCCCAUCUGGUACGACAUCAUUGGACCUCUGGAUGCCAAGGGUCUACUCCUCUCAGCCACCAAACAGGACUUGCUCAAGACCAAGAUGCGGGACUGUGAGCGGCUCCUGCAGGAGUGUGCCCGCCAGACCGAAAAGAUGGGGAAGAAGGUGGAGACCGUCACCCUGAUUUAUGACUGCGAGGGGCUUGGCCUCAAGCAUCUCUGGAAGCCAGCAGUGGAGGCCUAUGGGGAGUUUCUCUGUAUGUUUGAGGAGAACUAUCCUGAAACACUGAAGCGUCUUUUCGUUGUUAAAGCCCCCAAGCUGUUUCCUGUGGCCUACAACCUCAUCAAACCCUUCCUGAGUGAGGACACACGCAAGAAGAUCAUGGUCCUGGGGGCAAACUGGAAGGAGGUUUUACUGAAAUAUGUCAGCCCUGACCAGCUGCCUGUGGAGUAUGGGGGCACCAUGACCGAUCCCGAUGGAAACCCCAAGUGCAAAUCCAAGAUCAACUAUGGGGGUGACAUUCCCAAGAAGUAUUACGUGCGAGAUCAGGUGAAACAGCAGUAUGAGCACAGUGUGCAGAUUUCUCGUGGCUCCUCACACCAAGUGGAGUAUGAGAUCCUCUUUCCUGGCUGUGUCCUCAGGUGGCAGUUCAUGUCAGACGGUUCGGACAUUGGGUUCGGGAUUUUCCUGAAGACCAAGGUGGGGGAGCGGCAGCGGGCAGGGGAGAUGACAGAGGUGCUUUCCAACCAGAGGUACAAUGCCCACCUGGUUCCUGAGGAUGGGACCCUCACCUGCAGUGAUCCUGGCAUCUUGAUUCUACUUCUGCAAAUUUAUCCUACAGAAAUGUUGACACAAAGACACAAAGAUAUAGAGACAAGGAUGUUCCUGGCAGCCUUAACUGGCAAUAAACCAAAUGGUCUUAAAAAGAUCUUGUUAAAUGAAUUUUGGCCCAUGCAUACAAUGGAAUACAUUAUACCCAUUUGAGAGAAUAAAUUGACAUGUAAGAUGUCUGAUACAUGUUAAAAAAAACAAAGAAUGAAACAGCAUAUGGUAUACACACA